UCAUACACAUGUACAGCACAAAGAUGGGCUCGAAUGUGAAGUUCACUGUAUUUGCGCUACUGACAAUCACACUAUACGGAGGUCUAUCCUUUGCUGUGUGGAAUCUACAUACCCAAAGUGCUAGUGUAAAGACUGAAGUCACUGAAUUGCGAAGUCUAAAGUCUGAGAAUGCAAACCUACAGAACCAAAUCUCUGAAUUGCGAGGCUUUGUCGGAGCUAAUCCAAACCCCCACUCGAGUGAUGAAGCCACGGUGAUGGACACACUAAAGCGACUAACUCGACAAUCCAGCUCCUCUCAAAGUGCUACUGAUCUACUUGCUGAUGCUCUGGCAGAACUAAUUGAAAAGAAACUCUACACUAUAAUGGACUGUGCUAGAGAUGACGCUGAUAAUUCAACUGACUGUUCGCUCAAGCCAGGCCCAAAGGGGGACAAGGGAUGCCUGGGUAAUCAAGGUAAAGAAGGCCCUCAGGGAAUGAACGGAGAGCCUGGGGUCGAAGGACACAUUGGCUACCCUGGUCAUACAGGAGAGUUGGGUCCAAUGGGUCCUAUCGGCGAUUCCGGCCCAAUGGGGCACCGAGGGAUUAAAGGAGAUAUAGGCGAGAUCGGUCAACGAGGUGAAGCGGGGGUUAAAGGUGAACAAGGUUCGAAAGGACAUUAUGGUUUCCCUGGACACAAAGGCAAGAGUGGCGGGCCGGGUGCCAAGGGGGUUAAAGGAGAUCGAGGCUUUGGAGGCAAUAAUGGACAAAAGGGAGAGAAAGGAAUGACGGGGGUUCAAGGUCCACCGGGACCUAUUACCACUAUUCCGUCUGAGGCGUGUGGUGGUCCUGGAUGGAGGAAGGUGGCAUUUAUUGACAUGACUGAUACUAGCCAAGACUGCCCUCAAGGACUAAACCUGACUGGCUACUCAAAACGAUCAUGUGGUGCAACACAUACAAACAAACAGGCGUGUUCAUCGUCACCUUUCCUAUUGGUGGGGGUCAAUACAGUCGAGUGUGUGGGAGAGCUAAGGCUUAUCACUAUGGGGACCUGGGGUCCUUCAGUGGGUACAAUCGUGACUCUCGUGGUAUCAAUGAACAGUACGUUGAUGAUUGUGUACUUUAGUAGAGCAUCAACUCGAACUGAGCUACACAUGUACAGCACAAAGAUGGGCUCGAAUGUGAAGUUCACUGUAUUUGCACUACUGACAAUCACACUGUACGGAGGUCUAUCCUUUGCUGUGUGGAAUCUACAUACCCAAACUGUGAGUCUAAAGUAUGAGAAUGCUAACCUACAGAACCAAAUCAAUAAAAAGCAAGAUAUUGUCGGAGCUAAUCCAAACCCCCACUCGAGUGAUGAAGCCACGGUGAUGGACACACUAAAGCGACUAACUCGACAAUCCGGCUCCUCUCAAAGUGCUACUGAUCUACUUGCUGAUGCUCUGGCAGAACUAAUUGAAAAGAAACUCUACACUAUAAUGGACUGUGCUAGAGAUGAUGCUGAUAAUUUAACUGACUGUUCGCUCAAGCCAGGCCCAAAGGGGGACAAGGGAUGCCUGGGUGAUCAAGGUAAAGAAGGCCCUCAGGGAAUGAACGGAGAGCCUGGGGUCAAAGGACACAUCGGCUACCCUGGUCAUAAAGGGGAGGUGGGUCCAAAGGGUCCUAUCGGCGAUCCUGGCCCAAUGGGGCACCAAGGGGUUAAAGGAGAUAUGGGCGAGAUCGGUCACGAAGGUGAGGCUGGGGUUAAAGGCGAGCAAGGUAUGAAAGGAAAUUAUGGUUUCCCUGGACACAAAGGCGAGAGUGGCGGGCCAGGUGCCAAUGGGGUUAAGGGAGAUCGAGGCUUUGGAGGCAAUAAUGGACGAAAGGGAGAGAAAGGAAUGGCGGGUGAUCCAGGUCCACCGGGACCUAUUCCCACUAUUCCCUCUGAGGUGUGUGGUGGUCUUGGAUGGAGGAAGGUGGUAUUCAUUGAUUUGACUGAUACUGGCCAAAACUGCCCUCAAGGACUAAACCUGACUGGCUACUCAAAACGAUCAUGUGGUCGAACACAUACAGGUCAAAGAAAUUGUUCAUCAGUCACCUUUCCUGUUGGUGGGGGUCAAUACAGUCGAGUGUGUGGGAGAGCUAAGGCUUAUCACUAUGGGCUCCUGCAUUCCUUUUAUGGGUAUCACCAUGAAUCACAUGAUAUCAAUGCACAGUACGUUACUGGACUAAGCUUCACUCAUGGAACACCCAGGACACACAUUUGGACAUUUGCAGCUGGUUACUAUCAAGCAAACAGCAGUGAUACUUUCUUCGAUCCUGAAUAUAGAGAUAUUCACUGUCCUUGUAACCCAGGUAACACCUACGGCUACCCUCCUUUUGUUGGUAAUGACUAUUUCUGUGAGAGUGGCGUAGGCUCUCGUUCUACACUUGGAUAUAACACAUUUUACCCUGAUGAUCCACUCUGGGAUGGUCAGGGCUGUAUCCAUGGAAACCCGUGCUGCUCAUUGAACAAACCACCGUGGUUUAGCAAAACACUACCAACCCCCACAACUGAUAAUAUUGAAAUGAGACUAUGUAUGAGUGGUGAUGAAACGCUUGCUAACAUUGCUCUUGAGCAAAUGGAACUAUACGUCUACUGAUGAACUAGAGACACUGAACAUUGAUCUGACUCUGUUAGCUACUUAAUAUCCUAGAUUGCUUUACACCGUAUCCGUAUAGCGGGUUAUUUCGUAUGGGGAAAUUUUCAUAUUAUUUUUCAUACUUAUUGUAGAGCAAAAAGAAAAAUAUUCUACCCCAA